CAUUCGCGAUCGAACGAUUUCCUCUAAUUGGACGAAAAAUCGAUAUUUGUACGAAUAAAACGUUCGUUGUCACUUACUCCAUUCACAGAUGUGAUUUGAAAGUGCCGAAGAGAUGCCAAUUCGAAACCGCUGCUAAGACAUCGUUAUAGACAAUUUAUGGAAUUUAAAGGUAAAAAUAUGGAAUCAAAAUCGGUAACUAACAGUAACGCAAAAAUCUCCGAUUCUGGAUACUCGAAUAGUUGCAGUAAUACAAAUUCGCAAAGAAGCGCCAGUUCGAAAUCUAUACACAGCGGAAGUAAUUCGAGCAGGAGCAGCGGAUACUGCGGAGCCACCAAUCCAGAUGGAAGCGUGGAUACUGGUCCGCAGCCACCGAAACGUAGCAAGGAACAUAAAAAGAAAAAAACAAAAGCGAGUAUGGUUUCAUCUCUUACUACCAUCGCCGGAUCUACUCUAAUGCUUGCUCCUAGCACAAAUUCCACUCAGGAUAAUAUGAAGGAAAUUGCGCCGGAGCCUCUUAUAGGAAUCGAUGUGGCUCUACCUUUAACUGCACCCGAAGAUCCAAUCGUUAACGAAACCAUCAAUAAAACCGACUCUGACAUUAAGUCCUGCCCUGAUAUAUUACAAACAGAUAUUGUUACAGUUAAUACGACGCCACCCUGUACGACGUUUCACAGCGACCCGGCUAUCAACGUCAAUAAAAAUGCCGAAGAAAAAGAAAAUCUACAACCGGAAGUUGAAGUUGAACCGGAAAAUAAAACUAAAUCUAAUAAAGUUUAUACGUACCGACCCGAGGACGGUUUUUGUUGCGUUAUAUCUAUGUACGACGGCGUGGUAUUAUACACGACGCCCAGUUUGACUACAGUACUGGGUUUCCCAAAAGAUAUGUGGUUGGGACGGUCUUUUAUUGAUUUCGUCCAUCCCAAAGACAGAGAGACCUUUUCCAGUCAAGUUACUACCGGUGUCGCUAUACCUCUGGUCAAUUCGGAAGGGAAAUACAAAGGUAAGCGAUACGUAUACCGGAUGUCCUCCUUUAAAUACUCAAUUCGUCGUAAAUUUAAAGUUUUUUUACGGGGACGUUCGGUAUAUUCAAAAAUUCGUAUUGUUAUGUUGACAGAUUACAAGAAUUGCCUAUACGUAUGCCUCAGGAGAUACAGGGGAUUGAAAUCAUCGGGAUUCGGUGUUGUUGAUAAGGCAGUUUCCUAUCAAGCUUUCCAAUUAACCGUGAAAUUCAAACAUUUUUCCGACGCUUCGGAAACAAAAACUUUGGAAAUUAACAGCGGCAUGUUCCUGGUCGUAGCUGCCGUACCAGUUUAUUCUUCGUAUAAAGUGCCAGAAGAAAAACGAGAAUCGCCAAAAUUUGGUAUGAGACAUACCGCAUCUUGUAUAUUUAGCCACGUGGAUCCGGAUGUGGUAACAAAUUUCGGUUUUUUACCGCAAGAUAUGUUAGGAAGAUCGAUUUUCGAUUUUUAUCAUCCGGAAGAUAUGCCUUUUCUCAAAGAAAUAUACGAAUCUGUGAUGAGAAUGUGCCAAAUAAAUGGAUCAGUAUAUCGAAGUAAACCUUAUAGAUUCGCAGUACAAAACGGCACGUUCGCGAAAGUCGAGACGGAAUGGUCGAGUUUCAUCAACCCUUGGUCCAGAAGUUUGGAAUUUGUUAUAGGAUUUCAUAGAGUUAUAGAGGGACCAAUCAAUCCCGAUAUUUUCGAGCCGCCACAAAUCGAAAUAACGAAAUUGGUAUCAGAAGAAGUUGUUAAACAAAGCAAAAUUAUCAAAGGAGAAAUUUUACUAUUAUUAAAUAAGGAAUUGCCUCGGCCCAACGAGGCGGUAAAACACGAGGUAUCCAGGCGAUGUAAACACCUCGCGAAUUUUAUGGAAUCUCUAAUGGACGAAGUGAAAAAAACGAAUUUAGAAUUAGACUUACCACAAGAAAUUGAUCCUACCAUCUCGGUAAGUUUGAAAAAAAUGGAACGCGACUCUGUUAUGUUGGGUGAAAUAUCACCGUAUCACGAUUACUGCGAUAGUAAAUCGUCUUCCGAAACGCCCCCUAGCUACAAUCAACUGAAUUACAAUGAGAAUUUACAGAGGUUCUUCCAAAGUAAACCCAUAACUACGGUUUCCGAGGAAAGCGGCAAUGGCGUACAAAAAGAUAUAGACGUCGAAGUCAAAGUUUCACAAGAAAAUGAACGGAAAUGUCUUUCUUCAAUACAAAACAGUGGUACUUCUCGAAGCGACAGCGCUGGAAAUUUGAGUUCCGUCAGUAAUCCAAAUAUUGAAAGCGGAACCAUCAAUACCAACACGUCUAACGGAGAUUCUUAUAUAUCGCCCUUGUUAACGGAAUCUCUACUCGUCAAACAUAAUGAAGAUAUGGAGAAAAUAAUGCUUAAAAGACACCGCGAACACAGAUCCACCAUUAAGGAUAACAAAAAAGUACAUAACAAAAACAAUCUCGAAGACAGGAACGUUUCGGAUAAAAACGAACAGUUUUGUCCGGAGUACGCGCACGGCGUCAAACGCAGCGGCACCCAUUCCCAGGACGGAGAAAAUCACAAGAUUUCGAAACACAAACACCAAUCUUGCGGCGCGACGAAUUACAAAGAAGAACCGGCGGCGGCGUCUCCCGUAAAACCGAUAAAUAUUCAAUCUCAACAAACCACAACGACUUUAUUUUGCACCGAACAGCCGAUGUACCAAUCGGGGUUGAACGAUAUUAAUCUAUGGCCGCCUUUUUCCGUUACCGUCACCACCAAUACUCAUACGAAUGCGGCGAAUACCGCGCUCGAAAAUCCCGCACUUCCGGCGAGUUUGAGCACCGGCGUGUACCCCCUGUAUUAUAUUCCGACCGCGCAUCAAAGGACGAUACCGGGACAUUUUAAUGACACUAUUUUACAUGGAUCUCGAUAUCAAGUUCAAUACAUGCCCGCCAAUAUGAUCUACAAUUACAACAACGCCCUCUAUCCGACGUCGCCUUUUAUAUGUCCCACCGUUCCAAUGGUACCUUUACCGAUGGUGCCGCCUCCUAUAAAUUCGAUAAAUCCGACGGCUGACGUUCGACCCCUUAACCAGAUGCAAUCCUUGAACGAUAUAACGAAUCCGGGUUGCGUACCCGUCGUUUCCGAACACAAACCUAACAUGCCGAGCACUCCGCUCCCCACCCAUACUCCGCACACUCCGCAACAAUUCCAAAGACCGGCGUCCCAAGCUACUUCCGUUAAAGCGGAACCCGGAAGCGUCAUGGGGUCCAUAGCUUCCGCCAGCGGUGCCAAUAAAGCUUUAUCAGAAUGUUCCCGUAAGGAUUUAUGGUUACAAUCGCCGUUAGUUAGUCCGCCAGAUGGCGAGACGGAGCUAUAUGUACAAAACAAGAUAAGUGAGCCAGCAGUAAUAAACCAACCUACACAAUUUAGAAAUAACAUCGUCAAUAAUACCGACGAAUCCAGCAGUUGCUAUUCAUCUUCUUAUUGGUCGUUUUUAAAAACCGACGGUGGAUCUGGAUCGAAUGACGAUUCCAACGUUACAGAAAAUAAAUCGAAUAAAUACGAAGAAAAUACGUGGAAAGGUCGUAAAAAUUGUCCAAUCAGAAAAAAAGAACCUCCAUGGUUAGAAUCGGUGGACGUAUCUCCGGAUUUAGUAUACAGAUACCAAAUGGUAUUUAGAGAUUUGGAAGAUAUACUCGAAGCGGAUUUAAAUUGCCUUAAGGAAAUUAGUCAGCCCGUAUUAGUUAACGAUCAACUUAAUCAGCUAUACAUAGAUAUGGAAUUAGAAGGGCUAUCAAAGAAAUUGGCAUUAGAUGAAGGAAUUACUUCUAGUAGUAGUAGCGACGAAAAUUUUAUUAGUAUUUCCAAGUCUAAGAAAAAAAGAAAAUCCUACAAUUCUUUGAUGAUGAUUUAUGAAGAAAACGCCCCGUUACCUUCGCCCGUGAAACGUUAUAACUGAGAUUGUCUCACAUUUUUUUUAUAUUAAAAAAAUUGUACAAAAAAAAUGAUUUAUUAAUUCAUAACUAUACAAUUAAUAGAUGUAAUAAAGGUUAUACAUAUAUUUUUUACGAAAUUUAUAAAUUCCAUUCUAUUUUCAGCGUAAUUUAAUCAAAAACACAUUAUUAAUAGAAUGUUUGUAUUAGAUUUUCAACUAUUUAUAUAAAAUAAAUUUGACGUUUACAUUUAUCAAAA